AUGUCUUGCUCUCACCUUAGUGGCGUAGCAGCUCUGCUGAAGAGUGCACAUCCUGAUUGGUCUCCUGCUGCUAUUAAGUCUGCAAUGAUGACAACCGCUGACACAUUAAACCUCGCCAAGAGUCCAAUACUAGACGAAAGGCUCCUUCCUGCUGAUAUCUUUGCAAUUGGUGCAGGACAUGUUAAUCCAUCGAAAGCAAAUGAUCCAGGACUAAUUUAUGACACACCAUUCGAGGACUAUGUACCUUAUUUAUGUGGUUUGAAAUACACAAGUCGAGAGGUAGGUAACCUGUUACAACGCAAGGUGAAAUGCUCAGAGGUGAAAAGUAUCCCUGAAGCACAACUAAAUUAUCCUUCAUUUUCCAUCAGACUUGGAUCAACUCCUCAGACAUAUACCAGAACUGUGACCAACGUUGGUGACGCUACAUCAUCUUAUAAGGUGGAAAUAGCUUCGCCAAAAGGCGUUGUCGUGAAAGUUAAACCCUUCGUGCUAAAUUUCUCAAUGCUGAACCAGAAAUUGACAUACCAAGUGACAUUUUCCAAGACAACCAACAGCUCAAACGAUAAUAUUGUUGAGGGAUUCUUGAAAUGGACCUCUAAUAGGCACUCUGUGAGAAGUCCAAUUGCACUUGUGUUGAUCUAG